AUGGCAAAAACAUAUCUUCACCUAGUCCGCCACGCACAGGGCUACCACAACCUCAACACUGCAAAUCACACCCUCCAUGACCCAUCCCUUACCCCCCUCGGCGAGUCCCAAUGUGCGACGCUCGCUCAAACCUUCCCCCACCAUGCCCUCAUCACCCAUCUCGUCGCCUCGCCCCUCCGCCGAACCAUCUACACCUGCCUGCUCUCCUUCCCCAACGAAGUAGCGUCCGGCAAGAAAGUGCUCGCUCUACCCGAGCUACAGGAAACGUCCGAUCUACCCUGUGAUACUGGGUCUGAACCCAAGAAACUUGUAGAGGAGUUCGGGAAGGACGGGAAGGUGGAGUUGAGUCUUGUGCACGAGGGCUGGAAUAGUAAGAAGGGGAAAUGGUCACCAUCCGCCAUUGCGAUCGAGGCGCGGGCCCGAGAAGCGCGUCUCUACCUCCGAACGCUGGGGACUGAAGCAGCGGCGAAGACCAAUGAAGACCAGCAUAUCGUUGUGGUGACGCAUGGAGGGUAUCUGCACUAUUUCACGGAAGAUUGGGUUGGGCAUGAGAAGUUCACUGGAACGGGGUGGGCCAAUACCGAGUAUAGAGAUUAUGAGUUUGUAGAUGGGGAUGAGACGAAUGCCGGCUUGAUGGAGACGCAUGAGAGUAGGGAACGUAGACUCGGGGAUGAGAUUCCCUUGACGAAAGAUGAGCAGAGGGAGUUGAGGGCGAGUGCUGAGAAGGAGUGGAGUGAGAAUGGGUUCCAGGUGCCGAAAUUGUGA